AUGAACCGAACUGUCAGAGUUAGCAGUUAUUUUGACUGCUAUCAGGUGGACGAGGUUGAAAACAUUUAUAAAUUUGACCCAAUGUGGAGGCAGAACGCACUGAGUUGCCGAUUGCUAUUGAUACUCCAGCAGAUGUUUGAAUUCAAUGUUACGUUCAUUGUAAAACAUCUGAGCGAUCAUGUGACGGAUGAGAAGGGAUUUAAUGUCUACCCACAUGUCAACGACUCUGUUGACAUUUACGUGAAACCAAUGGCGAUUACAGGGGAACUAUUGGACCUCGCUCGCCCUAUUGAGGCAGUAUUCACGUGGAGGUUCGGUUUUAUCCUCCGUCGCAAGCACAGCGCUAUUAUGCGGCCGUACUACAGUCUACCGUUUGCUAAAAGUGUGUGGGUUUGCAUUUUGAAUAUAACGAUACUGGUUACAGUUGUUUUAUACAUAAUGAGGAGAUGGGAGAGCCGUAUAUUCGACGUUCCAGAUUGCAACUUUCUUUACGAGGUUUUCAUAGUCGUCGGUGUGAUUUAUCAGCAUUUUCUACCUAUACCCUCGUUCUUAUGGUCGCGUCGAAUCGCUUAUUUUUGCUAUAUUACAUUUGCUUACGUCACACAUUCGUUCUACACGUCCAAUCUGUUGUCGUAUCUUGUUACUGAUAAAGAGGGCCGUAUGGAUCUUAAGGCACUAGUUGAAAGCGAUUACGAACUCAGGAUAUUGGAAAACAUGAAAGCAGCGACCGAUCGGAGAGUAAAUUAUCUAGAAAGAAAAAUAAACGUUAUUGAAAAGGAGCUGGCGCGUUCAAAAGUAAUAGACAUAUCGGCCGGCUUGGAGGCCGUUAGAACUUCGAAGACUGCUUUACUGUGCGACUAUCCGACUGUGCAAUCUUUUAUUGCAAGGACAUUUGAAAACGAAGCGAUUUGCGAACUAGAGGAAGUUGAUAUCUUUUCUAAUGUGAAAAUGUAUUUUUUCGCCGCAAAAGGGUUCAAAGACAUUGAGAAAUUAAAGAUCGGCCUGUUUGAGUCCACUGCUGAACAUAGGCCUCCCCCAUGGACUGCCACGAAGUACGAUCCUGAGCCACCUGCA